AUGGGCGAUAACAACCUGGUGGAGGAAUUCGGCUCAAUGUCGCCUAGAUGCGCCAUUGUACGACUGUGUGGUCCCAGAGAAUUCAAACUCGGGAUCGUAAGUGCUCAUGCACCUACAGGUAACGCUGAAGAGAUGCUGAAUUGCUCGCUGAUACCGCCACCCGACUUGACAGUCACAUCAUCCAUAUUAUCCAUAGUGCUCUGCUACAUCAUAGUGUUCAUCAUAGCUUUCAUCGGCAACUUCACGAUGUUCUUGAUCCUCUGCAGGAAUCAAUGGAUCAAAGUGCGGCGGGUGCAUUCUUUGUUGCUGCAGAUGAAUAUCGCUCAUCUAAUGGUCACUCUUUUUUACAUGCCCAAAGAAAUUCUACACAAUUACACGAUCGCUUGGUAUGGCGGCGAUGUGCUAUGUCGGACUUGCAAGUUCUUCGACGUAUUCGGCAUCGCACUCUCGAUGAACAUCCUCAUCUGUAUUUCACUCGAUCGAUUUUACUCUAUAUUCUUCCCUCUGUACGCUAUGCGCGCUCGAAAAAGCGUACAGAAAAUGGUGAUCGUCGCCUGGAUCACUUCAUUCGCCACCAGCGCUCCUCAGGUAGUUUUCUACUUCUCGAUUCUUAAUAUUGUACAAGUGUACUUCUUUCCGCUUAUUGUUACCGUGGUCUGCUAUUCUCUGAUUUUGUGGAAGAUUUCAGAAGAGUCGUCUGCUAAGAAAAAAGAAACUGAGGCCGCUUCGGAUGCACUGUUACGACGAAGCGGUGUGAACACUCUCGAAAGAGCGAGGAGUAGAACACUGAGGAUGACAUUCGUGAUUGUUGUUGCAUUCAUUUGCUGCUGGACACCAUAUGCAAUCAUGAUGUUCUUACACUUUCUGACUAAAACUGACUGGAUCCCGAAAGAUGUCAGGAAGUUUAUCUAUGCCUUUGCUGUGUUCAACUCAGCAAUUUCCCCGUACCUCUACGGUUAUUUCUCGUUCGAUGUGAAGAAAGAACUCAAGUUGCUUCUCACUUGUUCUCGAAACACUGCUUCCGAUAGGCAUCUUUCAUGUUCUGCUAAUGUUGUCAGGAGCAACACAAGCCAACGGAUAAGGAAGAGAAGUGCCAGUGCAACACAGCUGGUGCCAGGUUCGCAAGAACCCGUGACGCCGGUUUUGUCCAGUCGUGGGCAUUCACUUCGUACUGCCAAGAAACCAUGCUUAAUUACCACCUCUGCCACUACACUUUCGCCACAAACGGCUAUAAGGAUAUGA